AUGUGUUUUAUUUGCAGGGAUAUUAAACCAGACAACAUUUUGAUGGAUAUGAAUGGACAUAUUCGAUUAGCAGAUUUUGGUUCUUGUCUGAAACUGAUGGAAGAUGGAACGGUCCAAUCUUCAGUGGCAGUUGGAACACCGGACUACAUCUCUCCAGAAAUCUUGCAGGCCAUGGAAGAUGGAAAAGGGAAGUAUGGGCCCGAGUGUGACUGGUGGUCCCUAGGCGUUUGCAUGUAUGAAAUGCUUUAUGGAGAAACGCCCUUUUAUGCUGAGUCCUUGGUGGAGACCUAUGGGAAAAUAAUGAACCACAAAGAGAGGUUUCAGUUUCCUGCUCAAGUGACAGAUGUCUCUGAAAGUGCAAAGGACCUCAUCCGAAGGCUCAUCUGUAGCAGAGAGCAUCGACUUGGACAAAAUGGGAUAGAAGACUUCAAGAACCAUCCAUUUUUUGCUGGGAUUGAUUGGGACAACAUUAGAAACUGUGAGGCACCUUACAUCCCAGAAGUCAGCAGCCCCACUGAUACAUCAAACUUUGACGUGGACGACGAUUGCUUAAAAAAUUCUGAAACAAUGCCUCCACCAUCACACACUGCAUUUUCUGGCCAUCAUUUACCAUUUGUGGGUUUCACAUAUACAAGUAGCUGUGUGCUUUCAGACCGCAGCUGUCUAAGACUGACAGCUGGACCACCCUCCAUGGAUCUUGAUGCCAGCAUUCAAAGAACUUUGGAGGAUAGUUUAGCAACAGAAGCUUAUGAGAGGAGAAUAAGACGUCUAGAACAGGAAAAGCUUGAACUUAGUAGAAAACUGCAAGAAUCCACCCAGACAGUCCAGGCUCUGCAGUAUUCAACGGUAGAUGGCCCAAUAACAGCAAGCAAGGAUUUAGAAAUUAAAAGUUUGAAAGAAGAAAUUGAAAAGUUGAAGAAACAGGUAACAGAUUCUGGUCAGCUAGAACAGCAACUUGAGGAGGCCAGCACUGCAAGGCGGGAGUUGGAUGAUGCUUCCAGACAAAUAAAGGCUUUUGAGAAACAGGUCAGAACGCUGAAGCAAGAGAGGGAAGAUCUUAAUAAGGAACUGGCAGACUCUAGUGACAGAUUAAAAUCCCAAGCCAAAGAGCUGAAAGAUGCACACAGCCAGCGGAAAUUGGCAAUGCAGGAGUUCUCAGAGAUGAACGAGCGGCUGACAGACUUGCACUCUCAAAAACAAAAGCUUGCCCGCCAGCUCCGAGAUAAGGAGGAAGAAAUGGAAGUGGUGAUGCAAAAAGUAGAAAGUUUAAGGCAAGAGUUACGCAGGACAGAGAGACUUAAAAAAGAACUGGAAGUCCAAGCUGAAGCCGCAGCUGCUGAGGCAUCCAAAGACAGGAAAUUGCGAGAGAGGAGUGAACAGUACUCUAAACAGUUGGAAAGCGAAGUAGAAGGGCUAAAGCAAAAGCAGGUUGGUCGCUCACCUGGGGUAAGCAGUAUAGAACACCAGCAAGAGAUCACCAAAUUAAAGGCAGACCUGGAAAAGAAAAGCGUUUUCUAUGAAGAGGAACUAUCUAAACGUGAAAUAAUGCAUGCUAAUGAAAUAAAAAGUCUGAAGAAAGAACUGCGGGAUGCAGAGAGCCAGCAGCUUGCCCUCAAGAAGGAGAUCAUGAUUUUGAAAGACAAGUUAGAGAAAACCAGGAGAGAAAACCAAAGUGAAAGGGAGGAAUUUGAAACAGAGUUUAAACAGAAGUAUGAACGAGAAAAGCUUCUGCUAACAGAGGAAAACAAAAAACUUUCAAAUGAACUUGAUAAGCUCACCACCAUGUUUGAGAGGCUGAGUAUGAAUAACCGGCAGCUGGAAGAAGAGAUGAGAGACCUGGCUGAUAAAAAAGAGUCUGUGGCCCACUGGGAGGCCCAAAUUACUGAGAUCAUCCAAUGGGUAAGUGAUGAAAAAGAUGCUCGAGGUUAUCUUCAAGCCUUGGCCUCUAAAAUGACAGAAGAACUAGAGGCCCUGAGGAACUCCAGUUUGGGUGCAAGAGCUACAGACAUGCCCUGGAAGAUGCGCCGCUUUGCAAAACUGGAUAUGUCUGCAAGGUUGGAACUACAGUCUGCACUUGAUGCUGAAAUCCGAGCCAAACAGGCUAUUCAAGAUGAGUUGAAUAAAGUCAAAGCUUCCUGUAUAUCUACAGAGUGUAAAUUGCAAGAAUCUGAGAAGAAGAACAUGGAACUGUUGACAGAUAUCGAAAGGCUGAAGAAGGAGACAGAAGAGCUUAGAUCGGAAAAGGGUGUAAAGCACCAAGACUCACAGAAUUCUUUCUUGGCAUUUUUGAAUGCGCCUACCUCUGCUCUGGAUCAAUUUGAAGAUUCCUUUUCCUCCUCUUCAUCCUCAUUGAUUGAUUUUAUGGAUGACCGCUCUCCUUCCUGUAUUCCAGCUAACAAAGGCAGACGUAUUGACUCAGUUGAGAAUUUCACAUUGUCUAAUACUCCAUCACGGGAUGAAGAUAGCAAGUCUCACCUCCAUUCAAGAUCAAGGUCUCCUUCUACAGCUAGUGAGAUUGAACCAAUCGAGGUUACAGAUCAUCCUCCCCGUUCAAUUCACACACCAACCAUGAGGACAGCAUAUAUUGGAUCGGGACUCUCUGCACCAAAGCCUAAAGCCCACCAGUUUGUAGUGAAAUCAUUUAAUACACCAACAAAAUGCAAUCAGUGCACAUCUCUGAUGGUUGGUUUAAUACGACAGGGCUGUACUUGUGAAGUAUGUGGAUUCUCUUGCCACGUGACAUGUGCAGACAAGGCUCCUGCAGUAUGUCCAAUCCCUCCCGAACAGACUAAGGGGCCUUUGGGAAUAGAUCCACAGAAAGGCAUAGGAACAGCUUAUGAAGGACAUGUCCGAGUACCAAAACCAGCUGGAGUAAAGAAAGGUUGGCAGAGAGCGCUGGCAGUGAUCUGUGAUUUUAAACUCUUCCUAUAUGAUGUAGCAGAAGGAAAAGCAUCCCAGCCCAGCGUGAUAGUGAGUCAGGUCAUAGACAUGAGGGAUGAAGAAUUCUCAGUGAGUUCUGUCUUGGCCUCAGAUGUCAUCCAUGCAAAUCGAAAAGAUAUCCCCUGUAUCUUUAGGGUCACAGCUUCCCAGCUCUCUGCAUCCAGUAAUAAGUGUUCAAUCCUGAUUCUAGCAGACGGUGAGAAUGAAAAAAGCAAAUGGGUAGGAGUGCUGAAUGAAUUGCAUAGGAUCUUGAAGAAGAACAAACUCAAAGACCGCUCAGUCUAUGUUCCCAAAGAAGCUUAUGACAGCACCUUACCCCUCAUCAAAACAACACAAUCAGCAGCAAUCAUAGAUCAUGAAAGGAUAGCAUUGGGGAACGAAGAAGGGUUAUUUGUUGUGCAUGUCACCAAAGACGAGAUUAUCCGUGUUGGUGACAAUAAGAAGGUUCAUCAGAUUGAGCUUAUCCCAAAUGAACAGCUCAUUGCAGUAAUCUCAGGACGAAACCGUCACGUGCGGCUUUUCCCUAUGGCUGCCCUGGACGGAAGGGAGACUGAGUUUUAUAAGCUGGCAGAGACAAAAGGCUGUCAGUCAAUAGUUUCUGGACAUGUGCGCCAUGGAGCUCUUACGUGCCUGUGUGUAGCUAUGAAAAGGCAGGUCCUCUGUUAUGAACUAAAUCAGAGUAAGACACGUCACAAAAAGAUCAAGGAGAUCCAAGUCCAGGGGAAUGUCCAGUGGAUGUCAAUCUUCAGCGACCGUCUUUGUGUGGGCUACCAGUCAGGUUUCUUAAAAUAUCCCCUUCACGGAGAAGGGAGCCCAUACAGUCUACUCCAUCCAGAUGACCACACACUAUCAUUUAUCUCACAGCAGCCAACUGAUGCCAUCUGUGCAGUCGAAAUCUCAAAUAAAGAAUACCUGCUGUGUUUUAGCAGCGUAGGGGUUUACGUUGACUGCCAGGGCCGAAGAUCUAGACAACAAGAGUUGAUGUGGCCCGCAACUCCAUCUUCUUGCUGUUACAAUGCACCAUACCUCUCUGUGUACAGUGAAAAUGCAAUUGAUAUCUUCGACGUGAACUCCAUGGAGUGGAUUCAGACUAUUCCUCUCAAAAAGGUACGACCCUUGAAUACAGAAGGAUCACUGAACCUUUUGGGCCUGGAGACAGUUAGAUUAAUAUAUUUCAAAAACAAAAUGGCAGAGGGCGAUGAACUUGUAGUUCCUGAGACAUCAGAUAACAGCCGGAAGCAAAUGGUUCGAAACAUCAACAACAAGCGCCGCUAUUCAUUCAGAGUACCAGAGGAGGAGAGGAUGCAGCAGAGGAGGGAGAUGCUACGUGAUCCAGAAAUGAGAAAUAAAUUAAUUUCUAACCCAACUAAUUUUAACCACAUAGCACAUAUGGGUCCAGGAGAUGGUAUACAGAUUCUCAAAGACCUUCCAAUGCAACAGCAAAGGUGGCAGGCCCAUAUGACACCAUGUAAGGAAGGUGCUCAGAGGACUGGGGGUGACAAUCAGUGUUCCCCUUAUCAAUUCCCUCAUCAUCACUCCCGUCUGAUCUCCUCUCCGAGCAACUUUGAGCACAUCUACCACAUGACUGUUAAUUCAGCCGAAAAAUUCCUCUCUUAUGAUUCCAUAAACCCUGCAUUUUCCCCGCCUCCACGCUCUGUCCUCGGUACUCCAGACUUUAUGACUCUGAGGAAUCUUCGGCCUCAGGAAAGUCGGACCGUAUUCAGUGGCUCUGUCAGUAUCCCAUCGAUCACGAAAUCCCGCACAGAACCAGGACGAUCGAUGAGCGCAAGCAGCGGGUUAGCAGCACGAUCGUCCGCACAAAAUGGCAGCGCUUUGCGGAGGGAAUUCUCAGGAGGUAGCUACGGAGCAAAGCGUCAGCCUAUGGCAUCGCCCUCAGAUGGUUCCUUAUCCUCUGGUGGCCUGGACCAAGGCAGCGAUGCACCAACAAGGGACUAUGAGCGGGAGGACUCUGACUCUCCGAGACACUCUACUGCAUCGAACAGCUCCAACCUCAGCAGCCCUCCCAGCCCGGUUUCUCCUCACAAGACCAAGAGCCUCUCCCUGGAGAGCUCUGACCACGUGAGUUGGGACUCAUGAACUGCUUCAGCAUUCAGAUUUGACAUCACAGCAGCUUGCUGUCCCCAUGGCUGUCCCCUUCACUUGUUCCAGUGCUCACCUUCAUCAUCCUAACCCUCCCCAUUCCCUGUCUGAAAGUGAUCUGGGAGUGGGGUAUAGAGGAAGGUAAAAGCUGGUCGUCUUCAGCACUGUUCGGCACUGCCUCACCUCCCCUCCCCAGAUCUGACAGCAGCAAAUGAGCAAAGCUAGGGUGUUGGUAAAUACCAGAUGCUGUAGAUUUGUAUUAGUAUUGGUUUCAUUUUUGUGGUUACAGCUGCUUCAUUUUUAAAGACACAUUUAUCCCACCCCCGCCUUCCACUUCCCAAAAAGUAGCUUAAGUAGACCAGACCAGUAUCAACAAGAGAAAAUUCAGAGGGAUUUUGUUUUCAUACAGUAGCUCAUUGUACUGUACAAAAGUAGCACAGACCCCUUCCCCUGCAUGGGGAAUGAUCAGUAUGUCAGAGGCACAUAAAAGCUUUCAGCCACCAUGUUUGAAUGUCAAUCUGAUUGUCGCCAGCAAAUCCUUAUUGAUUAAAAUGAUGCAUAUUUUACUACAGUACAGAGUUUAAAUAAAUACGCAGAUGUUAGAGUAAAA